AUAUAAGCCUCGACACAAGCUGAAGUUGAGUGAAAAAUGGAUGCAGCACUUGCUUCUAUCGUAUUCUCGGUAAUAGCCCUUGGCAUUCUACGCUACACAAUCAUCCUAGCAAACAAAUAUUGGUUUAGGCCAAAGCAACUCGAGAAGCGGCUGAGGGAUCUAGGGUUCCGGGGAAAUCCUUACAGGAUCAUCUUUGGAGACAUAAAAGAUGUGGAGGGAAUGAGAGCACAAGUCACAUCCGAGCCUAUGGAACUCUCCGACGACGUGGCGUCUCGAAUUCUACCGUAUCACAACCAUCUGGUCCAGACGUAUGGAAAAAAGUAUAUCUUGUGGUUUGGCGUGAAACCAAGGCUGGGCAUAAUGGAUCCGGCGCUAGUGAAGGAGAUCCUAUCCAGACCAAGCGAUUUCCAAAAGCCAAGAAAAGAUCAAAUGGCUGAGGUGCUUGGAGGUGGACUCUUCACUACUGAGGGUAGUGUAUGGACUAAACACAAGAAGAUUCUUAACCCUAGUUUUCACAUUGAGAAGAUUAAGAACAUGGUACCAUCAAUUGUGGACAGCUGCACGGAAAUGAUGAACAAGUGGAACGUGUCAUUAGACGCGAAGGAAUCCGUUGAGGUUGAUAUGUUGCCAGAAGUAGAGGCUUUAACAUUCAAUAUAAUGUGCAAUGCACUUGUAGUAGGCCGGAGUAUCGAAGAAACAGAAAAGAUACAUAAACUCCGGCUUAAGGUGAACCAACAAGCAGAAAAACUAGCAAAGCUCAUGAUCUUUCCGGGAUGGUGGAAUCUACCAACUAAGGAUGUGAAGAUUUUGAAGGACGCUCAUAGAGAAAUUGGAAUUCUAACAAAGCAAGUGGUGACUAAGAGGCUGGAAGCAAUGAAGAAAGGAGCAAGUAAUCCUGGUGAUAUGUUGGGUUCAAUGUUGGACGCUUAUCAAGAUGAAACAAGUGGAUUUACUCUAGAGGAUGUGAUUGAAGAGUGUAGAAGUUUUCACUUCGUAGGACCCGAAACUACAUCACGGUCAUUAGUAUGGGUACUCUAUGUGCUGAGCCACUAUCCGGAAUGGCAAGAAAAAGCAAGAGAAGAGAUUUUGCAGGUUUUUGGAGAUCAAAAGCCCAAUGUCCAAGGACUAAGCCAACUCAAGAUUGUGACAAUGAUUGUGUACGAAGUAUUGAGAUUAUAUCCACCAACUGGUGUGAUUCACCGAUCUAUCUCCAAAGAUACCAAGUUAGGAGAUAUGGUUAUACCAGGCUGGGUCCAGCUCACCAUACCCAUAACCUUAAUAAAUCACGACCCUGAUAUCUGGGGAGAGGAUGUGAAACAGUUCAAACCCGAAAGAUUUGCAGAAGGCGUUUUCAACUCAAAGAUGCAAUCCAUAUUCUUAGCAUUCGCAGGAGGUCCUCGAAAAUGUAUUGGACAAAGUAUGGCAAUGGUGACAGCCAAAUUUGUGAUCGCAACUAUCUUGCAACGCUACCGCUUAGAGCUUUCUCCCUCGUAUUUGCAUGCUCCCAAACAUUCCUUCCUCCUCAUACCUCAGCAUGGAAUGAAACUUGUUGUGAGCAAACGUGUCUAGCCACUACUCAAACAGUCCGUCAAGAAUAAAUCAUGUUCGGUGUGAUAUAUAUAUAUAUGUGUGUGUUAAUAAAUUAUGAGAAGUAUCUCAUUGUAUUUUUACUACCGAAGAAUGUAAGUCCAGUUAUUGAUUGUAAGCAAAGAAAUUAUGAAAAGUGUGUGGCAGUACUGUUCCAUAUUGGCCUGCCAAUUGUGUGGAGACAUCGAAAUUUCUGGAACAAAGACAACGAAGAUUAUUGCAUCCAAGAUUCUGGAACAAAGACAACGAAGAUUAUUGCAUCGAAGAGUGCGGUUCGAAAAAGAGAAUGAUCAUGGCACCAAGCACUCAUAGUGAUUAUAUUGAUAUAAUGUGCAUCCACUGCACUCUACCUCUUUUAUCUUAUUUGAACAAUUUUAUUUGAAUUAUAUAUGCAGGAAUGAGUUAUUAACUUGAAUAAAAACCGUUCUUCUGAA